AUGAAAUCGAAACGAUCAUUGAUUCGAGCCAUUUUGUUUGUUCUUCGAUUACAGAAAAAUGUGAAUGUGAGAAGAAAUGAAUCGAGGCGGAACACGAUUUUUGCAUCGAGGAAUAUUGUUCGGUGAGGAAGAGAGAAGAAUCAGAAAUGAUUUGAUUCUUUUGUUUCAUUUCUGAUUGUAAAUAUCCAUCAAAACUUGUUAAGGUGCGAAUCAACCAAACAUCGACGUCGAUCAUCUCAUAAAUGCUCGCAAAGACAUCGAAACAGUGCACCAAGCAGUUCAUAUCCACUCAGGUUAGGAGACAAAUCAAAAAAUUUGUUUCAUCAAAGUCAAUCAUCAAAGAAAUUCACUAAAUCAGAAAUAACAGCAAUGAAAAACUGAAAAUGAGAGAUUUCCAUUUUCUACCGCAAAAAAUAUAAUUUCUAUCACCAAAGAUACAUUUUCCUAAUAAUCUCUAAAAAUGUAGAUGAAUGUUUCUAAAAAUAAAUUGCAAUAUUUUCGUUGACAGAGUUAUUUAUCAGUUUGAUCUGAUAUUGAAAGUUUCUAAAAAUACACAUUUUAUUGAGUUUGACACGACAGAAGUUGGAAAAAAAAAACUAAAAUCAUUUUCAGAUCUCCGAGUGUUCUUCGUUCAUCAGUUUUUGAUAGUCACGGUCACCAAAAUGAAAAUGGCUGUGAUUUUGGUGAGUUUUCAAAAAACAUAUUUGUUUUCCCACAAGAUUUCUUCUUCAAAAAAUCCAUAUGGAUGAUUUUUUUCAAGAUUUUUUGUUGUUUGAAAAAUUAAUUGUUUGUUUAUUUAUCUCCUUCUUCUCUAGUUUUUUCAUAUGGUUUAAUUUGAAAACGAAGGCAACAUCUUUUUUUCAAUUUUCCAUUUUUUUUCAAUUUCACAAAGGUUCUUGUUCCAAAUUGAUAUUUUGAUUUCGGUCAACCUAUCAAAUUUUAUCAACGUAAAAGACUGGACAUUUUUUAGAAAGCACUAACUGAUAACCAAAACGGAAUAUUAUUAUUUUUUAUUCCCAUUUUUUUCCUUUUCCUGCUCUCAUUUUUCCCUUUUUGCUUUUGCACAUUUUCAGUUAAUUAAUUAAUAAUGAGCAAUUUUGAUAAUUGCAAAACGCAUUUAUUUUUUAUGAAUGAAAAAACUCUUUGUUUUGAUGAUCAUAUUGAUCUUCUUUUUCUUAAAAAUUAGCUUCAUUUUCAGAAAAUGCGAGUUCCUUUUACCUCAUCAUGUGAAACUGAAAAAUGUGAUUUUUUUGCGUUUGCCAAUAAGUACUGACAGGAAAUUACUUUAGUUUUUCAUAUUCUCGGUUUUCUGCUUCUUACAUUCAGUUCAAAAAAAAUUCAUAUUUUUUUUCGUGAAUUUUGACCUCAUUCGUUAUUUAUCAGGAAACAAUCAACAUGAAAGAGCAGAGUUGAUUUUUUAUCUUUCAUGAUUUUUGAUGAAGGUUUUUUUUUCUUUUUUUCUGUAAAAAUUAUGUAGUUUCAUCUUUCUCCUUCUCAAAUUUUCGUUGAUAAGAAUAUUUUUGAACAUAGGAGAGUCCUUGCUGAAAACCCAUUCAGUUUUCAGAAAAAAUGGGGGCAGGAAGGUAACGGAAAUUUGAAAUAUUUUUUUUGAACUUUGUUAAAUCGAAUUCCGAUUUUUUAUGUCUAGAUUUUUUUCUAAAGAAAAACAAAAUAAAAAUCAAAUGUUUAUGCUAAGAGGUGGGAUGAAAUUCUUAAGAAACCCACGCAUUUUUAGAGCCUGGCACGGCGAAGAUAUUCGAAAAACAAAACAAGAAUCUCUGGUCUACCGUAAUAAUAAAAAUUAAUUCAUAAUUUCGGAAUUCGUGUCAUUCUGCAAUGUGUGAGGGUCUAAAUACGUUAUGACGUGGCGAAGUCCACCGUAUUCUAGAUAUAUCAGAAUAUUAACUUUGCAGAAGUUUCGGAAAAUUCCAAAACUGUAUAGUUUUUAAAAUGAAAAACAAACCCUAGAAAUGGAGAAUUGAAUAAUUUCAAUGAAAUUUCAAACAUAUUUAUCUCUCUAAAAAUCCUAAUUUGCCACGUCAUCCAUUUUCUCCAUCAGAUAUUGAGUUUUGAAAUCCUCAUUACUUGGUCAUUUAUUUUUUUUCAAAAAAGUUCAAAGAAUAACCAAAAACAGUAGCCAAAGCAGCAAAAAAAUUGACUUUCUAAUUGUUUUCCCAGAGUUUGCUUGUUUCAUGAUUCAUUCUCUUUUUUUCCAACAACAAUCAAUUUUAAUUUCCGAAAAAAGUCAUCAUUUUUAACAAUUUUUGUUGAAGUUUCAUUAUGUAUAAAAUCCUGCCUUAAAAAAUCAAAGCUAAAUUUCAAUUAAAACAAUGAUUGUUUUAGGCGCAUUUUCGGCAAUGUCUCAACCAUAUUUGGUUGGGCUUGAUGAUUCGAGAGGUCGACCAUUAUUGAGUGUUUGUGCUGGAGCAGCACACACUUUGGCCUCCACAGCUUUACUUUGUAGACAACAAAGUUUGGAUGAACCUGCUACACGGUGAGUCAUUCUAGAUUGAGGAAUUAUGUCAUUUUGUUUUGAAAAAAAAAUUUUAUUUAUGUGUAAAUUCAUUUUUUUUUCAAAAAAAAAAACAUUGAUUGUUUUUCAGGGCAUUGGAAAAAAGUUGCAUCAGGUCCACUUAUGAGAGGUUAGUUUUUAUUCAAUGUUUCUUUUAAAAUGUAAAAACAAUUCUUGUCCGUACAUAGAAAAGAUAAUUAAUUCUAUUUACAUAAAAGUGACCUGAUUUUCGAUUAUUUCCAACUGUUUCAUUUAUCUUCUCCUUUUCUCACUUCUUUUUUUUUUGAAUAUUCUUUUGGUGUUUUUUAAGGUGUUUCUGUUCAACGGCAAUCGAGUAUUGAAUUGCUUGAACGACGAAAAACUGAAGAUGGUAAUCGAUUGCAGAAAAAGGCUAUAAAAACAAAUAUGAUUAGUAUGUACGGUAAGUUGCGGGGAUUUUCGAAAUUACUCAUACUUGGGUAGAAAUUAGACAAUGAUUUUUUCUUAUGGAUUACGAGUUUUAAGUUCAUAAACUCUUUAUAAGAUUUUCCUCGACAUCUCCAUUUUUGAAUGUGAAAUAGAACAGUUUUUUUUUAGAAAUUUAGCCUAACCUCAACUCUGAAAUUGAAAUUAGAGAUGUUUUUAGAGAUUUCGGUUAAUUUGCUGAAAUUAGAGAUUUGUUUUUCUCCGUUGUAUAUUGGGGAAAACUACACAUUUUGAGCUACUAGGUUGAUAGUUCAAAAAUUAAUGAUUUUCCAAAUAUUUUUGUUAAUUUUCUGACAAGUCUACAUUGUAUUAAAAUUAAAAAAAAAAACAUUUGCUUUCGAAAACAAGAUGACUCUCACAUGUUCUUAUUUUCGAUAAUAAUAUCUCUAACUCAAUCUGAAACAUUGUGAAUUUUCAGAAAUAAAAAUAUUUUGCAAAACCUGCAUUUACAGUCACAAGAUUCUGAGCUUUUCUCAAUGAUAAGAGAAAAGUGUGACACAAAAACAUGUUUCGUACAGCUUUGAUGUCAAGAAUUGGCACAAAUCAAAACAAAAUAGCUUUUUUUUCAAAGAAAAAUAUGAAAAGUAAGGAUGAUGAAAAUCAUAAGUUUUAACACAAAAAAUUAGCGAUUUCAAAAACUUGUUAUACAUUUAUGAAAAUAACAUAACACUGAAUUUUUGAAUAUUUCCAGGAGCACUUUUGGCAGUAGAGCAAAACGACAAAGAAGCUCUAAAUGUAGUCCUUGACAAAAACCAGAUAGAUGUUAACGCUCCAAUUUCAAGUGGAAGUUACGAGAAAUAUUCGACAAACUGGACCCUUUUGGAUGUUGCUAUCAACUUGAAUCAUGCUGAAUGUGUUUAUUUAUUGCAACAACAUAAUGCUAUCGAAAAUCAUCAAAGUGAGUCACUUUUUCAUUUUUUUUUUUCUCUCAUUUUUUUUCCAAUGUUUCCAAGUUUCAUUUGUACAAUUUUUAAUAAAUGAAAUCAUAAAAAUUCUUUCGCUAUCAAUCUUGCACUUUUCAGUGAACACACUUGAAAAACGAAAACGAGCGAUUCGUGAAGCUGUUCUUUAUACAACACAGGAGAUUGGUGUUUUAAAAAAGGCGGGGCAUUCGAAAGAGAAUGAUAAACAUCUGAACGCGAUGAAUGCUCACAUUCACAUUCUUAAAAGAAUGGAAGACACGCUAGAAUGCGAUAUUCGACCAACUCCACCAAUUUGUGCUAUUGUUGAAGCAACUUCAAAAGCGAGAGCAAUUAUUAGAAUCACAUUAGCUGAUAAUGUUCAAGAUGUUGUGCUCAGAUAUAAAGGUAUCAAUCCUUUAAAAAAUUCUUCCCAAAAACCGCAUUUUUCAUUUUUUCAGUUGAAUGGUCAGUAUACCCUAAUUUCGAGAAAGUAUUCGGAGAAUGUAUUGAAACGAGAACACUGAAUGAUGUUUUGACAAUCAAUGGCUUGGAGAAUGGAAUGUCUUUUAUAUUUCGAGUUUCAUCCAUCGGAGCAAUUGGAGAAUCUGAGCCAAAAAUUUGUAGCCCUGGAAUGAUUGAGAUUUCAAGUUGGGAUGACGAUCAUAAAAAAGAAGGAUGGCAGGAAAAAGUUGAGCAGAUGAAGGAAUUGACUGCUGAAGUUAUGAAGCAUCGAUCAAGUUUGGUUUGGCAAAGAAUUUUUCCGAUUUCGGAAAAUACUGGAAAACGCAAGAAAAAUGGAUUGAAAGAAUUAUUCACUGCCAGUUCAAAAUUCUCGAAACAUGCUUCAAGGUUUGUAGUAGUAUACAAAAGGUUGACGCUGGCGCACAUUUUUUGCCCAAAUGCGAUUUUUGCAGAUUUUCAACAUUUUAA